AUGGCGGCGCCCAGCGCCGGGGGAGCGGCGGCGGCGGCGGCGGGAGGAAACCGAGGGCGGCCGCCUCCCGUCACCCCCCGGCAGAUCCGCGCCCUCAUCGACGGCGGCAUCGCCACCGAGGGCCCCGGGCCCGGCGGGAAAGACACAUCCGACUGCUCGGAGCGAGCCAAUGGACCUUCGCAAAUGGAGGCUCUUUCCUUGGAGUCUGCCAGCAGGGAAGCUUAUUUCAGCAGGGUGGAAACCUUCACCCCGCUGAAGUGGGCGGGCAAACCGCACUCGCUGUCGCCGCUGGUGUGCGCCAGGUUCGGCUGGAUCAACGUGGAGUGCGACAUGCUGAGGUGCUCCAGCUGCCAGGCCUACCUGUGCACCAGCCUGCAGCUCGCCUUCGACCUCAGCAACUACAAGGAGCGCUGUGAGGAGCUCAGGAAGGCCCUGAGCACCGCCCACGAGAAGUUCUGCUUCUGGCCAGACAGCCCCUGCCCAGAUCGCUUUGCCCGGCUGCUGGUGGACGAGCCCAGAGUUCUUCUCCAGGAUUUCCUGGAUCGCUUCCGGAGCCUGUGUCAGCUGGAGCUGCAGCUGCCCUCCCUCAGACCAGAAGACCUGAAGAACAUGUCCCUGACGGAGGAAAAGAUCACUCGGCUCCUCCAGCUCAUCGGGGAGGAGCUGGAGCACAAAGGAGCAGAGGGGGAGAAGCCUCCUGGGAAGUUUUCCACGGAAAUCCUGCAGGUGCACGUUCCUGCCUGUAUCCUGGCGCUGUGUGGCUGGACCUGCAGCGCCGCCUCGGGCUCCAUGAACCUCUCCGUCAUCACCUGCUCCCGCUGCAUGAGGCGCGUGGGGCUCUGGGGCUUCCAGCAGCUGGAAUCUCCGGAGCCGGAUUCCUGCGGCUCCAGCAGCGCCGCCCCGGCCGCUCCCGAGCGCUUCCCGGCCCUCCCCGCGUCCCCCCGCAGGAUGCUGACGCGGAGCCAGGAUCCGGGAUCCGAGCAGCACGAGAAGAGCCCGUCGCCGGCCGCGUCCCGCCCGCGGGGUUGGGAUUCUCCCAGCUCCAUGGACCGGGGCGAGUUGGACGGGAGCAGCCCCACUCUGAGGAGCCGCCCCGUGACGCGGAGCAUGGGGCAGGGGGACAACAUGGAAGUGCCGUCCAGUCCUGUCCGCAGGGCCAAGCGGGCGCGGCUCUGCUCCUCCGGCGGCUCGGACACGUCCUCGAGGAGCUUCUUUGACCCCAGCUCUCAGCACCGCGAUUGGUGUCCCUGGGUCAGCCCCGGCGAGGCGGAGGAAAGCCUGGAAGAUGCUGCAUCCCAGACGGACAAGGAGCCCGGCAAGGCCGAGCCAGGCUGGGAAGUGGUGCUGAAGAGGCUCCUUGGCAUCCGAAAAUGUGACACGGUGCCCGAAACGGAGCCGGUGAGCCUCUCGGAGAAAUCCUGCAAGGUGUUCCGCAUUUUCCGCCAGUGGGAGAGCAUGAACUCCUCCUCCUGAGCGGGACGUGCCUCUGGAAACCAGCACGGGGCGUCGGGAGGGAUCCGAACCUCCGCGCGAUUUCCUGCGGCGGCUCCGCGCCUCGGGAAGGGAACCCGAGAGGGCCCAACGGAGCCCCGGCCACGCUGGCAUCCCCCUUCCCUCGCCGAAGCCUUCACGAACUGCUGCUGUCGCUUGCCCCUCGGCUCCCAGGGCUGGGCAGCCGUGCCCGGAGCUGGGACGUGCCACGGCCGCGUCCCCGGGG